CGAGUUCGGCCGCGCGCCGCACAUCCUGAGCUACGUGGGCUCUAAGGUGACGGUGCGGCAGGGCGACGGCUCCCUGGUGUACAGCAGCGUGUCCCCCUACCCCGCCCUGCUCCACAGCUACAGCGCCUCCGCAGGCUGGGAGGACGCACUGCGCCUCUGCCGCUUCGCCAAGGACCCCGCCCUGUGGGCGUGUCUGGCUGGCAUGGCGAUGGCCAAUCGGGAGCUGGCCACAGCGGAGGCGGCCUACACCGCCAUCGGAGAGGUCCCCAGCGCCCCGUGCCUCAGCCCUGGGUCUGUGCAGGUGGCCCGGGUGCAGUACAUCCGCUUCAUCCAGGAGCAGCCGUCCAGGGAGUCCACGCUGGCCCACCUGCUGCUGUUCAGCGGCCACGCCCCCGAGGCCGAGGCCGCGCUGCUGCAGGCCGGCCUGGUGUACCGGGCCAUCCAGGUCCACAUAGACCUCUUCCACUGGGACAGGGCUCUGGAGCUGGCGGUGAAACACAAGACCCACGUGGACACGGUGCUGGCCUACAGGGGGCGCUACCUACAGCGGGUCGGCCGCAAGGAGAGCAGCAAGAGGUUCCUGCAGUACGCUGAGGGGGUGGAGGUGGACUGGGAGAAGAUCCAGGCGAAGCUGGAGAUGGAGCUGACGAAGGAGAGAGAGAGGGCGGCCAACGUCUCCGUCAGGAGCAGUGUGGCCCCACGUCGCUGAGUCCUCUUAGCUCUGAGUCCUCUGAGCUCUGACUCCUCUUAGCUCUGACUCCUCUUAGCUCUGAGUCCUCUUAGCUCUGAGUCCUCUUGGCUUUGAGUCCUCUGAGCUCUGACUCCUCUUAGCUCUGACUCCUCUUAGCUCUGAGUCCUCUUAGCUCUGAGUCCUCUUGGCUCUGAGUCCUCUUGGCUCUGAGUCCUCUGAGCUCUGACUCCUCUUAGCUCUAACUCCUCUUAGCUCUGAGUCCUCUUAGCUCUGAGUCCUCUUGGCUCUGAGUCCUCUUGGCUCUGAGUCCUCUUGGCUCUGAGUCCUCUUGGCUCUGAGUCCUCUUAGCUCUGAGUCCUCUUAACUCUGAGUCCUCUUAGCUCUGAGUCCUCUUAGCUCUGAGUCCUCUUAGCUCUGAGUCCUCUUAACUCUGAGUCCUCUUGGCUCUGAGUCCUCUUGGCUCUGAGUCCUCUUAGCUCUGAGUCCUCUUAGCUCUGAGUCCUCUUGGCUCAGACUCCUCUUAGCUCUGACUCCUCUGAGCUCUGAGUCCUCUUAGCUCUGACUCCUCUGAGCUCUGAGUCCUCUUAGCUCUGACUCCUCUGAGCUCUGAGUCCUCACAGAAUGCUGUUUGCUGGUCAGUAAGACUGUUUGUGGUGAGUUAAUAAACGUAGUGCACUUCCACGACAAUAGUCGUCAAGUGCAUCUGCUAGCACGGAUUGAGGUUUUGACCCGACAGUAGAGGGCAGCGUUUCCUUAGGGGCUGCAGAGCCUCAUGUUCACGUUAGUCCGACGGCGUUGGACUAACUUGUGUACAUAGCGGGUUGAACGUGUACCGUUUGUUUACACAUGUAUAUAUCUUCUUCUUUUUUUUUACAUUGAGACGUGUGAAAUAGAUUUCAAUAAAAAAAAGUAUUUAACACA